ACUGUGUGAGGAAAUGUAAACUGCGAGUUUCCCGAACAUUGUGAUAUCCGCUCGCCUCUCGAUGUUGGGCAAGACCGCCGCGUAGAGACACAGACGCGACCGCCGCGGUUGCCGCCAGAACCUUCUGCUGACGACGUGAAGUUCUCGCUGGCCCGGUUGUUGGACUUCGUUCAGCUGAGCCUGAAAGCUCCACCUGAUUGAGACCAUGAGGGUGCCCUUGCUUUUCCUCAACAUUGUUCUUGUGGCAGCUCGCAGGCAGGUAACUUACAUCGGUGACCAGGUUCUCCGGAUCAGCGCCAGCAGUCAGAAACAGCUAAAUCUGGUGAAGUCCCUAGAACAGUUGGAGCAUCUAAAGCUCGAUUUCUGGAAAGAACCCGUCAGGAGCUCCCUCCCUAUCGACCUACGGGUUCCUGCGAAGCACGUUAGCACAAUCAAAAAAUUUCUGAGGUCUAAUGACAUUGUGUAUUCUGUCAUGAUCAAAAACCUACAGUCAUUGGUGGAUGAAGAGCGCACAAGCUCUUUGAUUUCUGAGCUGAGACAGAAUGGCACCUACAGCUUUAACUAUCGGUCCUUUCACCCACUGAAGGAGAUUUACAGGUGGAUAAAGGAUCUGGCUGCUGAAAACCCACAGUUGGUCAGAAGAAUGAGAAUCGGUAAAAGUUCCCAAGGUCGGGCAAUUCAUGUCCUGAAGUUUAGCACAGGACAUGGGCGUCCUGCCAUAUGGAUCGAUGGUGGUAUUCAUGGCCGUGAGUGGAUAGCACCUGCUGUUGCAAUAUGGAUGGCAAAGAAGAUUACCACUGACUAUGGCAAUGACCCCUCCAUAACAUCACUGCUGAAUAAAGCAGAUAUCUUCAUGGUGAUCAUGGCAAACCCUGAUGGUUAUGUUUACAGUCAAACUAAGGACCGUAUGUGGCGGAAAACUAUGUCAAAGAGGCCUGGAACUCAUUGUUUUGGAGUUGAUCCAAACAGGAAUUUCGAUGCAAACUUUGGAGGGAAUGGCAGCAGCAGAGUUCCAUGCUCAGAAACUUACCGUGGGCCACACGUGCAUUCUGAGCCCGAGGUCAAAGCUAUUGUCAAUUUCAUCAAAAAGCACAGCAAUUUCAUAGCUUUCAUCACACUCCACAGCUACUCUCAGCGCUUGAUGUAUCCAUAUGGAUAUACCCAGGAUACUCCAGAAAACCUCGAAGAACUGGAUAUGUUGGCUCAUGAGGCAACUGAAGCUCUGGCCUCACUGUAUGGCACUCGAUAUUCAUAUGGAAGAAUCAUACAACUUAUAAAUCAGAACAGUGGGAACAGCAUUGACUGGAGCUAUAACCAAGGUAUUAAGUACUCAUAUGUCUUUGAGCUGCGUGAUGAAGGUCAAUAUGGCUUCAUGCUUCCACGGAGUCAGAUUGUUCCAACAGCUGAAGAGACAUGGUUGGCUAUAAAGAAGAUAAUGGAGUAUGCUUGCAAUCACUUACCUUGAUUUUGAAUAUGUUGCCAUGCCAAUUUACCCGGGAGUUCUUGGUGCUAAACAACUGUGUAACUGUACUGUUCCUAAAACCUUCCAGCUUUAUUUUUGUAUAUACUGUAUUACUUAAGAAAAAAUGAGUACAAAGGAUUUCUUGCAUCUCUGCCUUUGAGGAUUUAUUGUCAGUUCAGUUUAUAGGGGCAAACCCAAUUAAGAAUGGUAAGAGCUACCCCUAUCUAGGUUUAUUGGCUACCUUGGUCAUGGAGGCCAAGAGCUGAUCCCAGUGUCAACAUGUAAGUUUGAACGUUGCUCACAGCUGAUGGAUUUAUUCAGGUUUUAGAAUGAGAGGUUACUUGGAUCUCUGAGUGUGUGAUCCUUGAGUGAGGAACAACUCUGAUUUCUGGGAGCAUUACUCUGACCCCCAAGUAAUAAAUUACUCCAAUCCCUGAAUUAGGGAUUAUUCAAAUUCUUCAAUGAAGAUUUACUCAGAUCCAUGAGUCAAGGGUUGCUCCACCCCCUAUGUGAGGGAUUACUCUAAUCCUCGUGUGAAGGGUUACCUCUGGAUAAUUUCAAUCUUCUAAAGACAGAUCCUCAAAUGAGUGUUUGCUUGGCUCCCUGAAAGAAGGUCUGCUCUAAUCCCUCAGAGUGAUCUUUGAGACGGGACUUUUUCUGAUUUCUCUACACUCUGAGUAGUGGGAUUACCUCGAUCUCCACGAGUUUAUCUUAUCCAUGUCUCACUCUGAAAGUAUAUUUCAACUUCUAGAUUUAAACUGGUAACAAUUUCAGGUUAAGAAUCUACCUCAGUUGCAAGAUAAAAGGAUUUACUCGAGAUUUAGUUUACACUAGAGUCUGAAGUCUGUGUUUUCUGCUAGCACAGGGCUGAAGCAGUUCAGCUGAAGGUUUAUUCCAAUCUCAUAAUUGAAAGCUGUGUUAAUGAAAGAUUUUACCCAAACUUCUUGCUUAGGAAUUUAUUUCAACAUCACUUUCAGGGUUUAUUCUAUUAUCAGGUUAAAAAUAUCAGUUUAAGAGGUAAAUCCAUUCACUGAGUGCAUGGUGAAUGCCUUCCAAAUCAGAUUAAGGAUUUACCACAAACUCAUCAUUUAAGUCAUAGAACUUUCCAGCAUGAAAAUGGGCCCUUCAGCCUACCACAGUGAUGGUCAUCAAAUGUCUCCAUUAUACUAAUCCCAUUUUCCAGUACUCGGUUUGUAGCCUUCUAUGCCAUGGCAUUUCAAACACUCAUCUAAGUACUACUAAAUUUUUGUGAGAGUACCUACCUUCAACACCCUUUCACACAGUGUGUUCCAGGUUUGUGGGUGAAAAAAUUCUUCCUCAAAUCCCCUACCCCUUCCCUUAAACCCAUGCCCUCUAGUUAUAGACACUUUUCCUAAAGGAAAAAGUUCUUCACUAUGAAUCCUAUGCAUACACCUCAUAAUUUUAUGCACCUCGGUCAGGUUCCCCUCUCCAAGGAAAACAAGCCCAGCCUAUCCAGUCGUUCCUCAUAACUGAAACAUUCCAUCCUGUGAAUUAUCUUGGUGAAUCUCCUCCGCACUCUCUCCGGUGCAAUCAUACCUUUCCUAUAGUGUGGCAACCAGGAUUGCACCGUACUUCAGCUGUGACCUAAAUACUUCUUCAGCUUGUAUAUUAGUACCAUAAGCUCCUUGCUCUUAUAUUUUACCUGUGUCUGAGGAACUGUAUUUUUAUUCCAAUUGUAUUGUUUAAUUACUGACCCCACCCCAACAUGACACUUACUGAAUUAUUCAAAUAUCAAGAGUUCAAGAGAAUCUUCAGAUUAGUAAAUUGCUUUAUGAUUGUCACAUGUACCGAGGUACAGUGAAAAACUUUGUUUUGCAUGCCACCCAUAUAGAUCACCUUAUCACAUUUGUACAUUGAGGUAGUAGAAGGAAAAAGUAGUAACAGAAUGUAGUAUAGUGUUACAGAGAAAAUGCAGUGCAGGCAAGGCCACGCCGAGGUAGAUUGUGAGGUUAAGAGUCCAUCUUAAUGUACAAGAGGUCUGUUCAAUAGUCUUAUAACAGUGGGAUAGAACUUGUCCUUGAGCCUGGUGGUAUGUGCUUUCAGGCUUUUAUAUCUUCUGCCUGAUGGGAGGGGGGAGAAGAGAGAAUGUCUGGUGUGGGAGGGGUCUUUGAUUAUGUUCGCUGUUUUACCAUGGCAGCGAGAAGUGUAGACAGAGUUCAUGGAGGGGAGGCUGGUUUUUGUGAUGGGCUGAGCUAUGUACACAACUCUCUACAGUUUCUUAGUCAGUUUAACUAAGUUUAAGAAUUUUUUGCAAUCUGAUCUACUCUGCUUUAUACUGUUCUUGAUGAUUGUAUAUUCAUAAUGUUUAUUAAAUACAUCAUUCUUUGUUCAUAAGGA